CAGGUUUCCCAUCAGUAGUUCCCGGAUAUUUGCUGAGCGGUUACUUCUGCUGUGAGGGAAAACAAAGACCCAAUAUUCAGUACUUGAUAUUUGUUUGGGGUGGGAAUGGUAGUGGUGGAGUCUGAGGGGGCGGGGCGGACGCGGAGGUACUGACGGAGAUCAGCUGCGACCCCUGGACAGAGGCUUUUUAUUGCCUUCAGCAGGAUGGUGACAUUCCUUUAGAACUGUCGAGCUCCAGGUCUCCCAUAUGGUUCGAACUCACUGUGCAACACUGGUCAGGGGACCUAAAUGGGUCAGAUUUGGGGGAGGCGGCAAGUUGCAGACAGUACUUUACUAUCCUCAGCUACUUCACCGGGCUGCCCUGGAAGUCGCCCAGAAAUGCAGGUCUGUCACCUUUAUGCUCCGUUUUGACUUGCUGUCCUGAAGUUGGUGCCACCUCAGAUGGCCUCGCGGAGCAUAUGGGAAGCGAGGCCAGCUCUAGCAAGACUUUAGACAUAUGAGUGUAUUCCUUCUGAUAGUGCCAUCUCUCUCUGCCCUAGGAGGACACUUCUUACAGAGAGAGACUCAUCUGCAGGUGAUUCUCCAAGGACAUGGGAAGAUAGGUGUAAGCCCUGGAACCUAGACCCAUAAGUGGAGGGAAGCUGCUUUCUGCUGGGAAUGAUGGCCAAACCCACCCUGAGAGGGAAUGGCACUAACUCUGAGACCUUCCGACAGCGCUUCAGGAGAUUUCAUUACCAGGAGGUAGCUGGGCCUCGGGAGGCUUUCAGCCAACUCUGGGAACUUUGCUGUCGGUGGCUAAGGCCGGAGGUGCGCACCAAGGAGCAGAUUGUAGAAUUGUUGGUGUUAGAGCAGUUCCUGAUCGUCUUACCUGGGGAGAUCCAGAAUUGGGUGCAAAAACAAUGUCCAGAAAGUGGAGAGGAGGCAGUGGCUCUGGUGGAAGAUUUAGAAAGAAAGCCUGGAAGACCUGGACGUUCGGUCACAGUCUCUGUGAAGGGGCAGGAAGUGCGCUUGGAGAAGAUGACACCCCUGAAAUCAUCACGAGAGUUAUUAAGUGUUCGGCAGGAGUCAGUGGAACCCCAGCCCAGGGGUGUACCCAAGAAAGAGAGGGCAAGAAGCCCAGACCUGGGACCGCAGGAGCAGAUGAACCCAAAGGAGAAGCUCAGACCUUUUCAAAGGAGCGGAUUUCCGCUUCCUAAAGCCCGUGUGGUCUCCAAAUUGGAGCAAGGGGAGGCACGGAUCCCAGAUCUGGGCUCAAAGGAGAAGGAACUCCCAGGAGGCAGUCACACAGGAGGCAGACGAAUGCACGCUGAUCUGUUACCAUCCAGGAGACAGAGAAGCUGGGUGGAACAGGAUCACUGGGGCCUUGAGGACGAGAAGGUGGCAGGUGUGCACUGGGGCUAUGAAGAGACCAGGACUCUCCUCGCAAUUCUCAGUCAGACUGAGUUUUAUGAGGCUCUCCGAAACUGUCAUCGAAACAGCCAAGUGUACGGGGCUGUAGCUGAGCGGCUCCGGGAGUAUGGCUUCCUCCGGACCCUGGAGCAGUGUCGGACCAAGUUCAAAGGUCUCCAGAAGAGCUAUCGGAAAGUCAAGAGUGGCCACCCACCUGAGACCUGCCCCUUCUUUGAAGAGAUGGAAGCUCUGAUGAGUGCCCAAGUCAUUUCCCUGCCCAGUAACGACGUGGAGGAGACAGCCCCUCACUCUGGCCUGGUGGGCAGCGAAGCUGAGCCUGAGGAGCUGGAGCAGGAGGGCUGGCAGCAUGAGGAAGGGGAAGAGGCCCUGGCUGAAGAGUCUGACAGUGACGAAGUGGGCCAGGAGGCCACCCCUCAGGACCCCAAUAACUCCACCACACCUGUCCUCUUCCGAAGCCCAAGUGGUGUACACUGGGGCUACGAAGAGACAAAGACUUACCUUGCAAUUCUUAGUGAGACUCAGUUUUACGAAGCCCUCCGAAACUGUCACCGCAACAGCCAGCUGUAUGGAGCAGUGGCUGAGCGGUUAUGGGAAUAUGGCUUCCUGAGGACACCAGAGCAGUGUCGGACCAAGUUUAAAAGCCUCCAGACCAGCUAUCGAAAAGUCAAGAAUGGCCAAGCACCAGAGACCUGCCCCUUCUUUGAAGAGAUGGAUGCUUUGGUGAGUGCCCGGGCUGCUGCCCCGUCCAGUGAUGGCCAGGAAGAGAUGGCCUCACACCCCAUCCAGGAGACCAGUGAGGCCGAAGCUGAGAAGCAAACUGAGGAGGCAGAUGAGGAGGCCACAGAAGAAGAUUCUGAAGAUGAUGAAGAGGAUACUGAGGUACCCCCAGAGGCUAUGACCCGUGCUCCAGUCUUAUUUCAGAGCCCCAGUGGUUUUGAGGCUGGAUUUGAAAAUGAAGAGAAUCUAAAACGGGAUAUUUCUGAGGAAGUACAACUACAUAGGACAUUACUUGCAAGGUCGGAAAGGAAAAUCUCCCGGCAUCUUAAUCAGGGUAAAGGCAGUGAGAGUGAAUGUAGAUCAGGAAGACAGUGGGAAAAGACCCCAGGGGAAAGAAAAGGAAAAGCGACAUCCCCAGAGAAGAGUUUAGGUAAAGUUUUAAGUCAUCAGAGACCGUACUUGGGAGAGAGACCCUAUAAAUAUCUCAGAUAUGGCAAAAGCUUUGGUCCAAACACCCACCUCAUGCAUCCGCUAUCCCAACAAGCGGAAAAUCCGUAUAAAUGUGCUGAUUGCGGGAAAAGCUUCAGUCGGAGUGCACGCCUCAUUAGACACCGGAGAAUCCAUACUGGAGAGAAACCUUAUAAGUGUCUUGACUGUGGGAAAAGUUUCCGUGACAGUUCCAAUUUCAUCACCCAUAGGAGAAUCCAUACGGGAGAGAAGCCGUAUCAAUGUGGUGAGUGCGGAAAGCGCUUCAAUCAGAGCUCAAGCCUUAUCAUUCACCAGAGAACCCACACAGGAGAAAAGCCCUAUCAGUGUGAAGAGUGUGGAAAAAGUUUCAAUAACAGUUCUCAUUUCAGUGCACACCGGAGGAUACACACAGGAGAGAGACCCCACGUGUGUCCUGACUGUGGAAAGAGCUUCAGUAAGAGUUCUGACUUACGUGCACAUCACAGAACCCACACAGGAGAGAAACCCUAUGGCUGUCAUGACUGUGGCAAGUGCUUCAGUAAAAGCUCUGCUCUUAAUAAGCACCGAGAAAUCCAUACACGAGAAAAACCUCUGUCACAGUCAGCACUUAAAUAAGCCCCUGAGGGUCUAUGAAGGAAACAGCCUCAAUACAUGUACUAAAAUCAUUUGGAAAAGUCUUCCAACAGUGAGAUCCAUCUCCUCAACUGUGAGAUCCAUCUCCUCAACUGUGCCCUACUAGUUUAGGAAAUACCCUGAAAUUUACCCCACUGUUUGUUCCUAUUUCUCCUGGAUCUGGAGUCAAAUUCCCAAAGCAUCUUAAGAAUGAAAGAUUUCAGUCCCUCUCCUUGCUUGAAUUGACAGGUAACACCUUUCCCUCUCAGUGCCCGUGUUGUUCCCCUAAUAGAGAGGACCCAGUAGUAGGUCCUAUGAGUUUGAUGUCAGCCUUCUUUAUUCAUCCUGUUAUUCAGCUGCAUCUCCACUGGAAAAAUCCAUCACAGCAGCACUUCAGGGAGAAGUUGUGAGACUUCUCAUUGAAUGGGUCUAGCUCUUUGUGCAGUAAUGGAAAUGCAAAAAAGAAUGACUUUUCCUGCUCACUUAAGCCUGUACUCAGAAUGACAGAUCUGUCACGCACACUCUUCAUUUACCUUAAAGGAGGAGAGUUUAAUGUCCAGCUUGGUUCUGACCUGUGAAUCAUCUUGUCAAGAACCUAGGUGUGCUAUAUGGGGAAACCAUGUAAACCUUGUCUAAGUAUUGAGGUGUGAACCCUGGAUUUCUUAAGUUUCUUCCAAGCCCUAGAAGCUUUGGAAUAGAAUAAUACUGCACUUAUAGCACCUAGUUUGAUUUUUAAAUUUUUUUCCUGCUCCAUCUCAUCUGAAUUUCAUCUGUCUCUUGUGGUCCAGAAGCCCAAAGAGCAAGCCAGCUGAAUGUGGUGACAGGAAAAGCAGCUAAAGCUGCCAAGAGGGAACUGUCCAUAUUCCACACACCCUAAACACCUGGCCUUGUGUUACACACCCUGUGGACACUUAGUACUAACCUGCAAUAAGCAGAAUCCACCUGCCACAUUCCCAUGGAUUGGGAAAACAGACCGCUUUGUGCCAACAACUCUUUAUACCCUAAUGGUAACAAGGACAGAUUGUCUUUGUCUGGUCAGUGGAGUUGACAAUACUUGCACACAUGCGCACACAUAUUCAACUGUGUACAUCUAUUUUUAAAAGCAGCUCUUCAAACACAAAUGUAAUUCUGACCUUUAUAAUCAAAACGUAUUGAAAUAACUGCCUGUAUGUUCAUAGUACUAUGAUGAGCCUGUCUGUACAGCACAAGUUAAACACACUCCAUCCUUAUCCGUACAGUCUAAGAUAGUGUCCAUGACACUGACACGGACAAACACUAAGUGCACAUAUAUAGCUGCCACAGUUUUAGGGAAAUCUAGAAAGCUAGGUAGUAACACUAUGCAUAAAUGUGAAGGUCUAGUGCAUUAGAGUUUGUGAAAAUUUGAGAGGUAUUUUCUUUCAUCAGGAAGGCUUCAUGAAAUAGAAGUGUUCAGAGGGAAGGUUACUGGGUAAAUGAGAGCAGGAAGAACUUUCCAAAACUAACUGCAAAACUGAGUGCUGAGUGGGUGAGAAAUGGGGAAACUGGGGCGCAAUGGAGCAGAAGGCAAAGGACAGACUGUAAGGAAGGUGAGACAAAAGUUGGAGCAGUGCAGAAUGUAAGGGGUGGUACAAUACGGGCUUCGUAGGAGGCAGAGAGAUCUGGUCAGCUGAAGCACCGAGUGCCAGAGACACACGAGGAGGUGCUCCCAUCCUCCAGAGUAAACUGGGGCCCGUGCUAUGCCAGGAGACAACUGGGUGGCACCCAGGAAGAAGAAUGAGCAGCUUUAGGGGACUGCUAUGGGAGACCAAAGUCAGAAACUAGUAUCUUGCAAAGAUACUUUGAUGGGCAGGUCAGAGGAAAGAGGACUGUGAGCAGAUGGCCAAGGGCUGGGCUAAGCAGCUGUUUCAUAUUCACACGUAGUUGGAGUCCUGUGCCUGGACUGAGAGGUGGGGAGACAGAUUCUCAAAUUCACAGCUUACUGUGAUAGAUGAGAGACUACGUAGCACUCUGGCGUUGAGGGAAUCUCCUAAUUCCUAAUUCUUAGGAAUUAAGGGAGAUGGUAUCUCAAUUAUGUUGCCUAAGCAGACAGGAAGAUGCAGGAAACACCAGUGUGAAGCAACACCUCAGGAUCUGAGGCAGUUUAGGAAAUGUGCUAUGUUUUUU